CGAUACCUCCCCGCCGCACGACCCGAUGGCCGACGACGAGGUGGCGGGCCCGCUGUUCGAGGGCGUCGUUUUCACCAUCAUCCCCAGCGACGAUAUUAGCGAGGAGCGCGUCAACACGCUGCUGAACGCGCUCCACGAUGGCGGCGCGACCUUUCGUGCUCUUCACGACGACGACCAGUCCAUCGUCGACAUCGACACCGUGACACACGUAAUCUCGAGUCACGUCGACUUCCCGCAGUACUCGCGCUGUCUGGACCUGGGCAUCUACGUGGUGAAGCCGUCGUGGCUGCGCGACUGUCUGGCGAAGGGCCGGCAGACGUCGCCCCGCCAGCACAGUCCCGACCCCAGCCAGUACUUCCACGACGUCGUGUUGUGCUGUGCAGAUGUGCCCGAGGGGGACGCGGAUGCCAUCAAGGCCGGCGUCAUAGCACUUGGGGGCCAGCCGAGCAGAGCCAUGACCAAGCUCGUCACGCACAUCAUCACCUUGAGCACAAACAAUAACAAGUGCAAGGUUGUUGCUGAGCAGGGCUUGAACUGCAAGAUCGUGCUGCCGCAUUGGUUCGAUGCCUGUGUCAAGCUCGGCAAGAAGAUUAGCGAAGGGCCAUACCUCUUUCCCAAUCCAGAGAUUAUGCGCAGAGAUAAUGGUCCUGUGAGGCCCUCGCCUACACCACAGCUGAAAGGUGCCACCUCUGCGACGCCUACUGGCAUGCCCAUGAGCCCUCCACCGAGCCCAUCGAAAUCCCGCAAGGCUUUCGCGGCACUCGCCUGCAGGAAGAUAUUCUUUGCUGAGGAUCUGAAUAUAUCUGAGCAUCUGAAACGCGCAUUGCUUGAUAUCGUCGAGGCUGGCGCCGCUGAGAUUGUCAAUGAUGUGGACGAAUGCGAUAUCUAUAUCGGUGCCUACCGUGAUGGCGAGGAAUACAUCCGAGCCUCACAAGCUGGAAAGGAGGUGGCGAAUCUUGCUUGGCUCUACCAUGUUAUCCAGCGAAACAGGUACUCGAGCCCACUGCGCAAGCUCCUGCAUUAUCCACUCCCUCGACAUGGCAUUCCUGGGUUUGAGAAUAUGAAGAUCAGUCUGUCCAACUACAGCGGAGAAGCCCGGUUAUACGUCGAGAACCUGAUCAAAUACAGUGGUGCCGAGUAUACCAAGACGAUGAAGCAAGAUAACACACAUCUCAUCACUGCUCACCGCUCGGGAGAGAAGUGCGACGCUGCUCAAGAAUGGAACAUCCAGAUUAUCAACCAUCUCUGGCUAGAAGAGAGCUUCGCGAAGUGUGUCAUACAAGCACCAUCUAACCCCAGAUUCAGCCACUUUCCGACUCGUACGAACUUGGGCGAGGUCACUGGCCAAACGAGUUUGGAUAUGAAGAGUGUUGAGCGUAUAUUCUUUCCCAGGCCCAAAUCACCACGGAAAGUACUCGUUCGAGAACAGCCCGCGCCGCGCCAGAAGAUAGCCGGAAGUACUGAUGAUGUGGAUGCGGCUCCUGCACACGAGAACAUGGAUAUUGAUACGGCGCCUAUUACGGAAGACGUUGACACUGAAGACGACGCGACCCCAGGGGGUGGAGAAGUGGCUGGGCCGAAGCCACCCAGGAAGAAACCUGGCCGAACGAAGAAGUCACACGUCACGGCCACUCCUCGUUCUCUGGCACCAUCCAAGGAUGACAAGGACUCACCAAUGCUUCCGAGCACUGGCCGUGCCUCGAAAAUGAAAGCAAUGGAGAGUAUACACGAUGCAGUCGCAGACAUUGAGGCGUAUCAGAAAGAGAGCAAGCGCAAAGGUGGGGUUGUCUAUGGUGGACGACGAGGAGCAGAUGCGGUUUCCUCUCCUGCACCAGCAGCACGGCGCUCAAAGAAGCGAACGAGUGACGAGUAUGAAGCUUCGGCCAUGGAUCCCGACCUUAGCGAUGGCGAAACCCAAGCGCACAAUGCAAAGGCCAACAAGAAGGCAAAGACCAGCACAAGCGCGCCUACGCUUCCACCCAUAAAGUUUAGAAUGAUGGUAACUGGAGACGAUCGAUGGCAGGACCACGCCAGUAAGGAGUCGAAAGAUAAAAUGGCCCUUCGCCAUAUGGGGGUACUGAUCACUCAAGACCCCAAAGAGGUCGAUAUUCUCGUCGCGCCAAAGAUAUUGCGCACCAAGAAAUUCGUAUGCGCAUUAGCGGGUGCUCCUCUGGUGGUUGAUACAUCGUUCCUCGACAGUGCCCUCGAUGAGAAGAAGCUCAUUCCACGCCCGCCCAUGCUGGAGGAUCGAGAGGGAGAGAAGCGGUUUGGAUUCAAAUUGACCGAGUCGCUGGAGCGUGCGAAGCAGAACAACCACCAGCUGUUUGCUGGGUGGUCAAUUUAUGUCACCAAAGAUGUCAAGGGUGGAUUUGACACGUACAAGGACAUUGUCGCUCUCAAUGGCGGUACAGCGCUAUUGUAUCAGGGUCGCACAGGUGUCUCGAUGGCUCGACGUCGUCCACGGGAUGAUCCUGCAGUGGGGCUGGAAUGCGAGAAUCAAGGCAAAGACGAUGAGUAUGGCUGCGUCUACUUGGUAUCAGGCGAGACUGCACCAGAGAUCAAGAUAUGCAAGACGUUUCGAAAAGAGGCUGAAAAACAGGGCCUCGAAGCCCGUAUUGUCACAUCAGAUUGGCUGCUCAAUGCUGCAUUGAGUCAAGAGAUUGUAUUUCGAGAGAAGUACUUGUUGGACAAAGACAGUGUGACCAGUCAGCGUGCAGGUUGAGGUUGUCUCACCCGAUGUCAAGCAUGGGGUUGACAGGUGUUGGAGACCAUUGUGUAGACGGAAAUGGUGGUUCAGCGGGCUUGACUUUGAAGCCAGAGUACUGCAAGAAAAGUCCGAAUUGCACUUGAGCGAUAACUUUUAUGAUAAUGUUUUCACGAAUGGUGAAUUGGAAUCAAAUCAG